UCCUGGUCGCGUCAAUGGACGGCCCAAUGACAACCUUGAGAGUUGGAAGUGGAAGUGGCAGUCUACCGCCGAUCCGCCUUCCUUAGAACAAGGUCGAGCGAUUAACCGGGCCCUGGAGCUCCGUAAAAAGCUUUCCUAUGGCGAGCAUGCUCCGCCUCCUCCACAUUCACACCUUCAUGAUGGUUCGUCGGCCGCUCAGGCAGAAUCGUUCAUUAUAUCGAGACCUUGGUUCGUCAGUGUGGUUGAGAACGUCGAAUCCAGGGAGAGAUCCUUCCGGAUCCCUCCAAUGACAGAGGGUUUUGACAACAUAAACCUGCAGAUAGCACAGCGGUGGAAAGAAAGAGGCGACUGCAUGACGAGUUGGAAAUGGCGGUACGAGAGCUCUUCGCCGGAGCCUGAAGACUUACACGUUUGAACACGGAUAACAUGGAAUACACACCCUCUGAGGUGGACGCCCUUGAGGCAAUUGACGCAAUCCCCUCUUCCACACCACCAAGAGAGAGAUCGCCGGUGGACUGGGGUCCAUUACCCAGUGAAUUAAAGGCACGAUUUUUGACCCGGAUUUCAAACCUUUUCGGCCUUGGGAUGACGCGGGCUCAAAUGCUGCAAAUGGACCAGAAGAUCAGUCAGUGCAGCUGCCCGGCGAUGAGACACCAGGCCGCCGUCGCGGUUCAAGCAAAGAGCUACAGCAGGCAGAAGGUCGCGGCUGCAUCACCAUCACCACCGCUAUCACUACCAUCACCGCGGCGCAGUGCGAGGAUAGCGGUAAGGAAUUCCAACUCGCCGCCGUCACAUCCAGUGGUAAUCGCCCCGGCAAAGCGGACUCGCACGCCGAGGGGCCAUCCAGCUGCAUCACCGCCGCACAUCAAACCUUCGGCUUCCCGACGCGCCCAAAAGAGCGGGUCGCCCACGCAAGGCGCAGGACGGCGGCGUCACAAAAUCGACUUCUCCUAGAACCAACAAAAUUCAAGGAACCAGCGGAAGGGGCAGCCGGGGUCGCCUCUGAGAGACGA